UAAGAUUUACCAGCUUCGAAGGUUCAAUGUGAACUCAAUCAACAUUACGCUGGUAUCGUGGAAAGUCUUUUGCGCGAUCUCUACGUCGUUACCCUUGAGUUGGAGUACUAGACGAGGGAGUAGAGGGAGAGUGAGAGAGAGAAAGAGGAAGAGAGAAAGAGUGGGGAUACCGGAAGUGAUCGCUGGAUGCCGCAGAUCCGGGACCGGCCAGGAUAACUAGACGGCGUGGAAGGAUUUCCCGUGGGAACGAAUGAUAAACUGAAAGCGAAGAAAAGAUUCCGUGAUUAAGGAUUCUCCGCAGAGAUGGCCACCGUGUUAGCUACGUUCUCCGUCCUUAAGGACCAUGUGAAGUUAAAGGUCUCGCAGGACGCCGUUGCCAUUGACAAUAUGGUUUUCAAGCUACACUACAGAGUCACGUUUCUGAUACUCUUGAUGUCCACGUUGCUGGUGACAGCUAGGCAAUUUAUCGGAGAACAUAUCAGGUGCAUCGCAGGGGCUGGAAUGAGCGAUGAUGUAGUCAAAGUAAUCAACACAUUUUGCUUUUUUACGUCUACUUAUACAGUGACGAAGCAUAUGAACAUAACGUCCGUGGAGUUAGGCGAAAUUCCGCAUCCUGGCGUGGGACCAGCGACCUCGAAAGACUCCGUGGUGCACCAUGCCUACUACCAGUGGGUGCCCUUCGUUCUGUUUUUUCAGGCGAUCCUCUUUUACAUGCCUCACUACCUGUGGCGGAAUGUUGAAGGUGGUCGUUUGAAGGCAUUGGUAUCUGGACUACAUUUGGCGUCGUUAGGUCUCCGCGAGACGCCUUUGCAGACCCAGAACGGUGUGACCGUUCCAUCGAAGCUUGAGUGCGACGAGAAAAUCGUUCAGAUUCGACAGGCUUUCAUAAACCGUAUCCACUUGAACCGGCCAUGGGCGUAUUACUUGGGCCUUUGCGAGGUUCUCAACUUCAUCAACGUCUUGUCGCAAAUUUAUCUCACGGAUUGGUUCCUUGGUGGCGCUUUCCUCAAUCUUGCCCAAUCGGUGGGGCAGGCUGGCUCUGACACGGUACUGGACCAGCUCGACAUCGUGUUUCCUAAGGUGACGAAAUGCACGUUCCACAAAUACGGGCCAUCAGGAUCCAUCCAAAACCACGACGCGUUAUGCGUGAUGGCGCUGAAUGUCGUUAACGAGAAGAUCUAUGUGUUCCUCUGGUAUUGGUUCAUCAUUCUCUCGGUGAUAACCGGUUUUGGAUUGCUUUGGAGGAUACUGACUAUGGUGUUGCACUCCAGGAGCGUAAUAUUCAACAAGAUCGUGUUCUCCAUGGCUUGUCCCGGGAAAUACAAUCCGUGGAAUGUGUUGGCGGUCACCCAUGAAUGCCACUACGGGGACUGGGUGUUUCUCUAUUAUAUAGCGAAGAACCUAGACAACUACAUAUUCAAGGAACUGCUGGUGAAACUCGCCGAGGAGUUGCAAGAAAGGCGUCAAGCUCUAUUCGGUAUCUCCAAUGAAGAGAAACCGUUAACUCCAUGAGUGUCUGCUUUAACUCGUGCAUGCAUAAUAAGUACUUAAUUAUAAGAUCGUCCCUGAGAAAUACGAAUCCUUCGAAAAAACAACGAAACUCACGGAAUGGAGAAGUCAGUAAACUGGUGCAUGACUAUUACAGAGGAUAAGGGAAUGUAAACUGGUUAAGAUAGAAUCUCCAUUGAGGAUCGAAGCCAAAAGAAUGCAUUUUUUUCUA